GGGGGCGCCCGAGACGGCCUCUUUUCUGGCCGAGGAAGCCCGGCAGAAGGAGGCUUCAGUUGCAAGAGGCCGGCUGGAAGGAGGCGCAAAGCGACGACUGAUCCGGCGCGCACGGGCUGCGAUGCUCGGGGACGCCCCGCCAUCCCAGAGAGAGGGCGCCCACCGCCCGGCAGACCCACCGGGCCUUCUGAGCCGCGCUCACGCCCGGACCCCUCCGCCGGCACCUCCCCGGGGUCGUCCCCGACGCCUAGCAGCCCGGACCGAGCGCGCCGCGCCUGGGGCCGGAGCUCCGGCUGAGACGCGACGGAUCAGAGAGCGCAUCUCCUCGCCCACGUGACCGGAGCGCGCCCCCUUCCCGCGCCGGCAUCUGAGGCGCGCGCCCGUCCCCUGCCGGCCUAGCGGCGCCCCCGGCCGUGCCCGCUCCCGCCUCCUGCAGCCCAUGGCCCGCCGCCGCAUCCCCCGCUCCUCGCCCUCGCCUGCCCCGCCGCCCGCCGCCCGGGCCGGGAAGUGACCGAGCGGGCGCGUCGCCGCCGCAGAGCCUCGCCCGGCGCGUCUCAGGCAGCGCAGCGGAACGAAGCGGGCGCUGCGCGGCGCGGCGAGCAUGGAGGCGGCAGAGAAGGAGUGCGGGGCGCUGGGGGGCCUCUUCCAGGCCAUCGUCAACGACAUGAAGAGCUCCUACCCAGUCUGGGAAGAUUUCAACUCGAAAGCCACGAAGCUCCACUCACAGUUGCGGACCACCAUAUUGGCUGCAGUGGCUUUCCUGGAGGCCUUUCAGAGAGUGGCAGACAUGGCCACCAACACCAGAGGAGCCACAAGGGAUAUCGGCUCAGCACUGACCCGGAUGUGCAUGCGCCACCGCAGCAUCGAGACCAAGCUGAGGCACUUCACCAACGCCCUCAUGGAGAGCCUGAUCAACCCCCUACAGGAGAGGAUAGAGGACUGGAAGAAGACCGCCAACCAGCUUGACAAGGACCAUGCGAAAGAGUACAAACGAGCCCGUCAUGAGAUAAAGAAGAAGUCUUCUGACACACUGAAACUUCAGAAGAAAGCACGCAAAGAGCUUCUUGGCAAGGGGGACCUGCAGCCUCAGCUGGACAAUGCCCUGCAGGAUGUGAACGACCUGUAUCUCCUCCUGGAGGAGACAGAGAAGCAAGCGGUCUGCAAGGCCCUGGUGGAGGAACGGGGACGGUUCUGCACCUUCAUCGCAUAUCUGCAGCCGGUGGUGAAUGGAGAGAUCACCAUGCUGGGAGAGAUCACCCACCUUCAGAGCAUCAUUGAUGACCUAGUGGUGCUGACAGCAGAUCCACAUAAACUGCCAACAGCCAGUGAGCAGGUGAUCAAAGAUCUGAAGGGCUCUGAUUACAGCUGGUCUUACCAAACCCCUCCAUCUUCCCCUGGCAGCUCAGGGUCCCGCAAAUCCAGCUUGUGUAGUGUGGCACAACCGGUAAAUGCCAACACCCGCCUGUCCAGUGUCUCGUCACACGACUCGGGCUUCAUUUCGCAGGACGCCACCUUCUCCAAGCCUCCCUCGCCAAUGCCCUCGGACAUCACCAGCCAGAAGUCCUCCAGCUCUGCAUCGUCCGAAGCCUCUGAAACAUGCCAAUCUGUUAGUGAAUGCAGCUCCCCAACCUCGGAUUGGUCCAAGCUCCCCCUCUACGAGCAGCCGGGGGCAAAUCUUCUGCCACGCAGAAAGGAUCGGGUGGAGCUUCUCCGGGAGGCAGAACCAGGCUUGCCCCCCCUGAUUUAUCCGGGGCUCAGCUUGGAGGAUGGUCCUAGACCUCGCCUGUCCCCAGCCUCCAUUGCUGCCAAGCAGCACGGGGAGGAAGUGUCUCCAGCAGCCAGUGAGCUGGCCAUGGUGCUGACUCACAGCCUGAGCCUGGAGCACCAGAAAAGCAGCCGGGAUAGCCUGCAAUUCUCCAGUGGCUACAGCACCCAGACCACCACCCCAUUCUGCUCAGAGGAUGCCAUUCCCUCUCAAGGUUCAGAGUACAACUGCUAUUCUGUGAAUGGGGAUAUGGAGGGAGACAACCAGAACGAGUUAGACAAAUCCUCAACCAUCCCUCGCAACAGCAAUAUUGCUCAGAAUUAUCGCCGGAUGAUCCAGACUAAGCGACCAGCUUCAACAGCCGGCCUGCCCACUGGCACUGCCUUGCCAACUGGGACCAUGCCAGGCGUGGCUACCAUCCGUCGCACACCUUCCACCAAGCCCACAGUUCGCCGAACUGUCUCCAGUGCUGGUCCGAUUCCCAUCAGGCCCCCCAUUGUCCCUGUCAAGACCCCCACUGUGCCUGACUCGCCCAGUCACGCCGGCCCCCUCCGGAUGGGCAGUGAAGAAUGUGUCUUCUAUGCCGAUGAUGCCUGCUCGGCACACAGCCUGGACUUCACCAAAGUCUCCCCCAAGAGGCUGAGCCUGCCCAAUGCCAGCUGGGGCAGCAACACCCUGGAAAUCUCAGUGUACACUGGGGCUGGGAAGCCUUCCACAGAAGAGGAGCAGCAGCUGGCCGCCAACCGCCACAGCCUGGUGGAAAAGAUUGGCGAGCUGGUGGCCAGCGCUCAUGCCCUGGGAGAUGGCCAGUUCCCUGUCCCCACAGUGUACUCAGACCCUGGUCCUGAAGAACAGACCCCCAACCUUCCUCUGGCUGCUUCCAGCGAGCCCCCCACUGAAGACAUGCUGGUGGCCAUCCGCCGUGGUGUGCGUCUUCGUCGAACCAUCACCAGCGAUAGCAAGCCGGAAAACCGACGCCUGCUACCCCUCCAACUUGGAGCACCACACAAAACAGAGCUCGUUUCCCAUGGAAAGAAAACCCUCCUGUUCUGUUUUCUGGUUCUUCUCUGUGUCUUCUCGUCCUCCAAAAGACAUCCAGUGCCUCCCCGAGAUGUGGACUGCAGGCUAUGUGAGGAGCAGGACCACUUCCUGGGCUUCCUUGAGAAGGGCUUUCUCUUGGGAGGGGCUCCUAGUUGAGGGGGUCUCUCAGGUGAGACUGUUUCAGGGAGAGGACUUAAUUUCCUUAAGAAGGGGCUCUUCCUUGCCCAAUCCAGUCCCCAUGUCUGGCUUGAGCUGCACGGAGGCCAGAGGCCUCCCUGGGGCAGGGCAGGCAGUGCAAGCAGUGUGCUUUGAGGCAUGAUUUACAGCACGAUUUGCAUGGAGGCACAUGGGCACAUUGACUCCCCCGAGCCUUUUCUGUGGCAGAAUGCAAGAAUGCCUGUCGAAAAAGAGGGUGGAGAUCAGGCCAGGUACAGAUGUGGGGAGGAUUCUGCCUCAAGCAGGAGUGGGCUUCACAGGCCUUUCUUGAAGGGGGAGAGUUCUGGUGAAGGACCAAUGCCAGGGUGGGGCAUCUUCAGCACAGUGCUUGCCUCAAGCCAUCUAAAGGCCUCAGGUCCCCUGGAUCUGGGAUGUAAAGGAGGCUGGUUUGAGGGAACAUCAGGGUAGCUGCCCUUGGGCAGGUACCUCUCUUCUCAGACCAAUCUGGACUCUUGAUCAACUAAACAAAAAGGGGUUCAGGAGAUGCUCCUUUGCUUGAUGCUUUGGGGGAAUCGUUUGAACAGAGAAAAGCCCUCAGCUCUGCGACUACGAUUGGUCUGGCAGAUCACCCUGACUGGUGCCUUUGGUUUGACAUGCUGGUGCCGGCUGGGUUCACAUGCUCCACAAAGCCAGUCUUGGCUUGAUUUCAGCUCCACAUGAUGUGCAAGGCCACCCAUGGCACUCAGAAUCCUCUUCCACAAGGCUGAGCCACAUGGCCUGGCUCCCUUGGAAGAGCACAAGCGAUGCUGAAGCUGUACCAGAGAAGGGGAGAAUGGCCGAAACACAAGAGGGACUGGAAACGGCUCCUCUCUCUCCUUUUGGGAACCUACAGCAAUUUCACGGUGGGAUGGUUUUGACGGCCAAGGAUGGAAGCUACGAGGAGAGCCAUGGCCCAGACUUGCUCAGCUUCGCCCAGUGGCCUGAGCCAUUGACCUGCCUUGGAGUGAGAUUUCAUUGCGCCUCUCCUUGGCCUCUGCCUGCGCCUGGGCUACUUUUGUGGCAGCCAUGCCUGGGCUCUGUCCUGCCUCGGUUACCUUUCCACAUUGUUCAUUCUUGUCUCAUCAAACAGUUCUGCACUUUCAUCCCCAGACCGUGUUGCAUCAAAGAGGCUCGCCUCAUUGUAUAGUCCCGACCAGUUUUGUUUACAGAUGUGGAAUCUGCCUAUUUUUGUAGUUGACAGGAAGAUUUUUAAUGGGAAUGUUGGCAGAAAUGAUGCCAAACGUAGCCAUAAUGCAUUUAUUCACAGCUGAUGUGCGAUGCAGCUUUUCCAUGGUCUGCAUCCAGAUCUAAAGAGAUGUGAAGGCAUCUGCUUCUCCUAAGUGCUGACCUGGUGACCUUCACUUCUCCCUGAAACUAGAAAUUAGUCUCUGUUGGCAAAAGGAAAGUGAUGGCAGGAAAGAGAAGAUGGUUUUGAAAGGUUGGAGAGAACGGAAAAGAGUGGAAACUGAACGGCGUAGACACACAAAAGCUUUGAGAAAAGCUGCCUUGCCUUGGGCAGAGCUAGGAAGGAGAUUGCUGCAUGUGUGGUUGCAGGUUGCAACUCUGCUCGUUCUCCUGUUUUUGGUUGCAGCUAUUUGAUGCUGUGGUACAGGGGGCAUCCAGAGGUCAACAUAUGAUACACAUGAGCACGAAGCGGAGAGAACAAAAUUGAAACUGAAUGUUUGCUGCUGUUGCAUCAAUUAAGGAUUCCAGUAUGUUCACCAGUAGGGAAAAAAGUACAUUUAGAAAACUUGAGUUAUUUCAAGAAGCACACAUCAAAUUUAAGCAUAGAACUAGGACAUGUAGGGUAGAAAAUUUUAGGGCACUGAUUUUCCGAACCUGGUGUUGGGACUUCCAGUUUACACCUCUGGAGAACAUGAAGUCUUCUGAGGCCCUGUUCUGAGGGGUAAAGAGCUCGGGGCAGGAGAGGUUCUGCAGUGGGCCCAGAAGGGCUGGGGGCUUCCUUGGCAGUGGAGAGGCAGCCUGUCCCCCCAAAGGCCUUUGAGGGGGCAGCAUCCCAAGAGGAAAGCUUACCUUGUACAUAGCUGUUUCCUCCCCAUCCAGUUCCAUCCACCUGUGUGUGCGCAUCAUUGCAGGCCCGACUCUUUGCCUCGUGUGAUAAUACUUUCGUUUUAACAUGCCUGCCCUCCUGUGGUUUCCACACACCUCAAAUGUGACCGUGAGAUCCUUGCUUUUUGCUUUUCCCAUUUGAUUUGUACAAGGAGAAACAAACCUUCUAAAAUGUCCUUCAGUUGAUGUAACUGUCCUGGUGCUGUUAACUUGUUCUUCCUUCCCAUCCCAUAAUUUAUUUUCCUUCUAGCAGUCCGAGCUUCGCCACAUACGCCCUUUCUUCCAAUUUAGUUACGUAAUCUUUUUUUCAUUCAAAAUAGCCACCGCUACAGGUAACAAAUGCACUGUGAAGAUUUCAGUAUUAAUAAAAGUUGUACUGCAAUUAA